AAGGCACCCUCCAGGUCAUAAAGAACAAGGUGAAUUAUAGUUGUCAUUGGUAGAAUGAUCUUAGCAGUCUGACUCAUAGAUGUAAAGAAGAAGAAGUAGAACGCAUGUGAGGCGAGCAAGUAUACAUUAGAAGAAAUGGGUUAAUUUCUAAGUAAAUAAUGAAAAUGUAUAUUUUUAACUAAAACUAAAACCGUAUAUUUUCAACGGAUUGUGGAUUUGUAAAAUUACGGUGAUGCGAAUACACCGUGACUAAAUGUUAUUAAAUAUGGUGUUAGUUAAAAUAAGCUUGUUGAGUAAAAUAUUUACUUGUCUCCUGGUGUUGAUGUCGAUUUUGCUGCUCUAUACCCUUUUUGCGAGAAAACCGAUAAAUGAACAAACGUUAAACGUUCAAAUCAGUUUGUUUAGUCUACUAAAGACUGCGAUAAUAGCAGCGGAAGAGGGAGGACGAUAUGUUGUAUCAGCAAGAAACAAUUUCAAAAUUGACAGCAAAGGGAAAACGAAGGAGGGCGCAGAAGAUACCGUAACUACCGCCGAUUUUUUGUCGCACUGCGCGAUGCUUAACGUUUUCAAAACCGCUUUUGCUGACUUGACAGUGGUAUCAGAAGAAAAGACAGCAGCUUGCGAGAAUGGCAAUGUUAGACACGAAAGUAGUCCUUGGGAAACAUCCGUAGGUCCCGUCAAAGACCGGUAUGUUUCUCGAGAGGACGUGAUGGUGUGGAUAGAUCCACUGGAUGCGACCCAGGAAUACACAGAAAAAUUGUAUGAGUACGUGACUACAAUGGCGUGUGUCGCGGUAAAAGGUCGACCCAUAUUAGGUGUGGUACACUACCCUUUUUCCAGAACGACGUCGUGGGCUUGGGUGGGAAAUGUGCUUUCUCCGGAUUUGAGACCUGCAGAGGGCCGACUCGAGAUGCAAAAGACGAAAAUAAUCGUAUCGCGAUCGCACAGCGGGCCGAUCAAGGAGGCGCUCGCCAAGAGUAUGCGAAACUUCGAGCUUAUCGUGGCGGCGGGAGCGGGUUUCAAGGCCCUGAAAGUAGCGAAGGGCGAGGUCGACGCCUACCUUCACGCCACGGCCAUUAAAAAAUGGGACACGUGCGCCGGCAACGCCGUACUCGACGCCCUUGGUGGACGAAUGACGACGAAACAUAACUUCACUAUCGAUUACGCAGACGCGAGCGACGCCGUAAACACCGACGGCCUAGUCGCUACUUUGAAGAACCACGAAUCGUUUUUGGGCAAAUUUUAACAGACUAAAGCGCAAUUUAUACAGGGUUAUUCACGAUAUAUGGCACAGAAUCGUGUGGCCACAAUUGUUUAACUUUUGGAAUGUGUGAUUAAUGUUACUUUAAUACCGUAGAGGUUGCCCCAAGUGUUAUUUAUUUCAUUUAUUUACUUGGUUGUUUAUGUAAUUGCAAUUUUUACAAGUCUAAAAAUGAUAAAUAACUGCCAGCAGAAAUUAACAUUACGCCAUUAUUAAAGGUAUCAGUUGUUAAAAAUACCAUUUUGGAUUGUCCAAUCAAAAUGAUUGUAUGUUUCAAUAAGGUUCUUGAUACCUAAAUCUUAUUUUUAUAGUAUGAUCUACGAUUCUAUAAUGUUAUGUUUCAAUACGUUUUUUUUUUUUUAAUUUUAAAAUUUAAUUGAAGUUUAAUUUUAAGUUCUUAAUUGCAUAACAAAUAUUUAAAUUAUGUCAGUCACAUAGUGAAUAGAGUGUAAUAUAGACCAAUUAUAGAAAAUUUAACAUAUUAUACACCACCAAAUUUAACUUAAUUAAUUUAAAUAUAACUCCAUAUUUUUUUAAAUUGCCAGGUAGUGUACUAUUUAAUUACGCAUCGAAUGGUUUCAGGUGUUACAUAGCUAAUUCCCCGCGUUUUCCUAGAAUACAGGAAAUUAUUGAUUUUUUGUGUUAUCUAAAUAUAUGCUUUAUUACAUCUAGUUGCCUUUGACACUUGGAGAUGACAAAUAAUUUAUUAAGGCAGUUAUUUUGGUAUGGUUUUACUGUACGGUCUGUUUAUUGAAAUAGUGACAUGUUUUCUAGUAGCGGAGUUUCUGUAACUAACCUUGCUUAAAUUGCUAAGAUGAGAAUAAAUUUUUGGCCACCCUGUAUAAGACGCCUUUAACAAUUAAUAUAUAAAAUAUGGUCUAUGGUUUCGAUCCUUAAAAAAAACCUUAAAUACUUCACAUGUAAUUGAGAAAUUAAAAUUAGGUUAUAUUUUGAGAAACUUUGAAUUAUUUAAAGAACCUUAAGAUUUAGGUAUUGUAAACGUUAUUGAAACAUUUGUUUGCAACAUCCAAAAACGCUACUAUAAUAUACAGGAUGGUCCGAAUUCAGCAGAUAAAAUGAUAAUAAUAAUAAUAAUAAUAAUGAUUCAUUUUGAAGAAAAAAAAGUUUUUUCUUGUUCUUAAAACUUUUCUAAAUUUUGCUUUGAAACUAACCAAAAUUAAUCAAAA